AUGUCGCUCGAGUCUCUAGCAUCCACCAUCCAGGCCAAAUCGGCCCAGUUGGCCGGCAUCGCCAAAGAGCAUGGCUUCGAGGCCACGCUGGACACCAGCGCCGAGUUAACCAGCGUGGCUCCCCUGGCCGUUCGCAAUGAGCUCAUCCAGGCCGCGAAGGACCUGCUGUACCUGGCGUCGGGACCGACGGAUCACGUCCUCGGCCUGGCCUGGUCGGCCGCAGACACAUCCAACAUCGACCUUCUCACCCGCUUCGAAGUCCCUCAACACGUCCCUCUUACCUCCUCGAUCUCCAUCCCCGCCCUCUCCACCGCCACCAACCUCCCCGAAGACAUCCUCUACCGCGCCACGCGCUUCGCCAUCGCCAACGGCGUCUUCACGGAGCCCGCGCCUUCUGAAAUUGCGCACUCCCCGGCGUCGCGCGCCCUCGCGACCACGCCUCACCUGCGCAACAUCGUGCAUUUCGGCACUGAGUUCCUGGGUAACAUCCUCAUGAAGAUUCCCGAGCAGAUGCUUAUCCAGCGCGACGGCGCCGGCGUCGGUGAUAAGGUCCCCGACACGGCGUUCAAUCUGGCGUAUCGGACGGAUCAGAACUUGUUUGAUUUCUUUGCCGGGUCGAAGGAUCUCAAUCGUAAGUAUCAUGAGUAUUUGAUGGGGAGGGUUAAUACGCCCCUGUGGUCUAUGGAUCGCUUGCGUGCGGCGUGGGAUUGGGAGCGGUUGGCUGGGGGGACGAUUGUCGAUGUCGGCGGCUCAUCCGGCCACACAGCGCUUACCAUCGCCCCCCUGGCCCCAACCGCUACUUUCAUCGUGCAAGACAACAACGCCGACGCGCUCGACAUGGGCCGCAAGCUGAUUCUCAGUACCGGCGACGCAGCCCGUCAAGGCCAGAUCAGCUUCAUGAAACAUAACUUCUUCGAGGAGCAGCCCGUUGCCGCGGACGCUUAUAUCUUCCGUCAUAUCCUGCAUGACUGGAACGAUGCCGACUCGCUGUCUAUUAUCAAGGCGUUGGUUCCAGCAUUGAAGGAAGGUAGUCGGGUGUUUAUUUCCGAGGGGUUGUUGCCUGAUCCGCCUGCGAAGAGGUUGAAUACAUUGACGGAUAAGAUGAUUGUGAUCGAGGAUCAGUUCAUGUUGGCGGCGCAUAAUGCGCGCGAAAGGACCGUCGCGGACUUUGAGCGGAUCUUUAACCAGGCGAGUGAGCGGUUCCGCUUGGUGGGCGUUACUUCCGGGGCGCAGGCUGGGGCAUUUCAGUCGUUGUUGGAGUUCCAAUUUCAGUGA